CGAAGACCAGGAGAACAGAAGCGAGAGCAGCGGUGACUUCCAGCUGAGAUAGAGGUCAGCGGGGCUUAACCUGCUGAGCCACCAUCUGAUUGGUGGGUGGUGAUGAUCGCAACAGGUGGAUUGCUGAGAAUCAAUGCACGCCGACAGGACUCACUAUCCAGACCACAUAAAGCACACACACAGAAGAAGAAGAACAAGAAGAAGAAGAGCGAGGUGGUGGUGGUAAAGGGGAAACUGAAGUUGUGUUCAGUCUCGGGUCUUGUGGCUGCACUUGGUAUUCUGGUUCUGGUUGUGGGUGUGGUCAUGGCAGCUCUGGGCUAUUGGCCUCGUGAUGGAUUAUUCUUCAGCUCUCAGCCACAGGAUGGCACUGCCAUGGCCUCUGUCUCCUCAGACAGCCCAACAACUGCACCUGCUGAUGCCCAGCGAAAAGUGAGGGGAGGGGUACUGAAAUCAGACAACGUGCGUGAUGAAGGAGGUGAUGAAGGUUUUAACCAGACAGAAGCCAUCAAUGGGACGACCAGACCUCUUCCACAAGGUUUUCUAGAAGAUUUUCUGGACAGGUAUUUGUACUCUGAUAGGCUGAAGGUCUUUGGCCCACUCAUCAUGGGGAUUGGUAUUUUCCUCUUCAUCUGUGCAAAUGCUGUUCUGCAUGAAAACCGUGACAAGAAGACAAAAGUCAUAAACCUGAGGGACAUUUAUUCCACCGUCAUUGACCUGCACAGCAUCCGGAAACCCAACACCUCCUCCUGUUGCUCUGCCCGCCGCACCUCAGCCAAUCCCCCCAGCAGCCUUGUUAACUAUAUCCAAUCAAAGAGCCUGGAGGCCAAACCCAGGGCAUACCCUGACUCCCUGAUAAACAGGAAGGGGGGAGGAGAAGGAGUGGCAGAGAGUGUGGGGGGAGGAGGGCUGUUAUCCUUGCAACCUAGUAGCAGCAAAGGAGCAGGGGAAGGUUGGGGUAGUGAUGGAGGAGGACACGCAGUCUUCAGUAUCUACCAGGAACAAACAGAUGCUCCUCCUUCCUCUGACUCUCAGAGAUUCUCCCUCCCCCAAAGUUUCAGCCCCACUCACCUCUCCACCUGCUGGACCACUAAGAAAGUGCUGAGCUAUUUCACCUUACCACUGCAUCGCCCAAAAUCCCCUGCCCCACGGAGGAGGCACUCAGCUCGAGCCAGGACCACCCAGGGCUGGAGGGGGGACAAAGGAGAAGAUCAACAGCAGAGGAGGGACAGGGAAGAUGGCAAACCAGGGGAGGAGGGUUAUGCAUGCUCUCCACCUCCUCAGUGCUACUCUAGCCCCCCACCACACAGACCCCUCCAGGAUUCAUUAGCAGCUUCCUGCAGCUCCUCUGGCCUCUACAAGGAGGCACCAGGAGACUCUCAGUCCCUGCUCCUCCUCUCCUCUUCCUCCCUCACCCAUUCACACCUUUCUCUCUCUGCAUCUUCGUCCACACCAAUCCCGUCCUGCAGGAGGCACAGCCUGUCAACCAGCAGCAUCAUCACAGGUUACAGUAAACUAAAACACAGAGACAACGAUUCAUGUGAUUCCCCAUCAUCACCCACAGAGACAUCACAGGCUAGGCAUCAAAAGUCAGAGGAAGAAACUUCCCAAAGAAAGUACUCUAACAAGGAGAAGUUAAGGAUGAUCUCACAGAAGUAUUCUGGUCUGACACAGAAAAAAGACCAGUCAGGCUUUGACUCAGAGACUGACAGCACAACUCUAAAGUCAUUUGACUCGAUAGCAUUAGGGUCACAUUCAAGGAUUGUGUAAAAAUUGAUUGUAUGAAGGCAUUGAGAUGAUGGGUGAAUGUGGAUCGUGGCUCAGCUGGUUUCUGCAUUAGCAAUAAGGAGUCUUCCAGACAAGCGACAGCACAGUAUUCAUGAACCUGCUGUUUAGCUUUGUUGAUCAGCUCUCUAAACUCACUGGGAACUUUUGUAUGGAAUCACUGGCUUGCAGAGUAUGUGCAACAUAAUGUUUCUGUAUUCUGUAGUUCUCAAAUAAGGAGAUUUGAGCCAUCAUCUGGAAAAUGAGUUGAGCCGUGACAAAGUAGAGUUCAGCGUAAAGGGUUUUGGCUCAAAAACAUUCAAACUCAUCCUUCAGUUUAGUCUUCUGCUUUGGUACAUGACCAAAUAACUACAGAAGAGCACUGUAUCCACCAAAGGAAUGAACAAAGGCCUCUAUUUGUCUCAUAAAUAGUACUAACUGAUAUUAUUUUUGCUGAUUUUCAGGCUUGUUCUAAAUUGUCUUUUGUCUUGUUUCUAAGUGGAUU